GUCUCUCUCCAGUGACAGACCACACAAGUUCUCCACCUAUGUGGAAGUGCGACAUGAUUAACGUCAGCUCGUGAGCAAAAACCUCCGUAAAGACAUUUUUUUUUUGUCUUAAAAAGCACAAGUCCAAAUUAAAUAGUGACGUAAAAAAACACGGAAGUAGUGCAAGGCCCUGGAUGGAUAGCCUGGACUCUGAAACCCUGUAUGUCUCUCCAGAGCAGACUGGACCGCCCACGCUACCCCUCUCUACAUCAGAGGUCUCCAACUUGGCACUAGUGGGUGGGAAGAAGAUGAAUGGGUCUCUGGACCACCCUGACCAACCAGACAUUGAUGCCAUUAAGAUGUUCGUGGGACAGAUUCCGCGGUCCUGGUCCGAGGAGCAGCUUCGUGAGCUGUUUGAGCCUUAUGGAGCAGUCUAUGAGAUAAAUGUUCUCAGAGACCGCAGUCAGAAUCCACCACAGAGCAAAGGCUGCUGUUUUAUAACGUACUAUACUCGCAAAUCAGCAUUGGAAGCACAGAAUGCGCUGCACAACAUGAAGAUUCUGCCAGGGAUGCACCACCCAAUCCAGAUGAAGCCAGCUGACAGUGAGAAAAACAAUGCAGUGGAGGACAGAAAGCUGUUUAUUGGAAUGAUCUCCAAGAAGUGUAACGAAAACGAAAUCCGAAUGCUGCUCAGUACAUACGGACAGAUUGAGGAGUGCCGGAUCCUUCGAGGCCCUGAUGGACUCAGUCGUGGUUGUGCAUUUGUGACAUUCACAGCUAGACAAAUGGCCCAGUCAGCCAUCAAAUCCAUGCACCAGUCCCAAACCAUGGAGGGCUGUUCAUCCCCUAUUGUGGUGAAGUUUGCAGACACUCAGAAGGACAAGGAGCAGAAGCGUAUGGCCCAACAGCUACAGCAGCAGAUGCAGCAGCUCAGUGCUGCUUCAAUGUGGGGAAACCUCACUGGGCUUAACAGCCUGGGGCCACAGUACCUAGCACUCUACUUACAGUUGCUGCAGCAGUCAGCCUCAACAGGGAAUGCACUCAGCAACCUGCACCCUGUUUCAGGUCUUAAUGCCAUGCAGAACCUGGCUGCUUUAGCGGCAGCAGCAACUGCCACACAGGCCACGCCCACAGGCUCCAGCGCCAUGACAACAUCUAGUAGCCCACUCAGUGCACUAACAAGCUCAGGCUCCUCUCCCACCUCUAGCAGCAACUCAUCAGUGAACCCUAUGGCUUCUUUGGGGGCCCUGCAGUCUCUGGCUGCUAGUGCUGGAGCUGGCCUCAACAUGGGCUCCCUUGCAGGCAUGGCAGCACUGAAUGGCAGCCUUGGCUCCGGAGGCCUGUCUAAUGGAUCAGGAAACACCAUGGAGGCACUGAGCCAGGCUUACUCAGGCAUCCAGCAGUAUGCCGCUGCUGCCCUUCCCAGCCUGUACAACCAGAGCCUGCUGUCUCAGCAGAGUGUCUCAGCCGCAGGCAGCCAAAAAGAAGCCAGCAACAGUCGCAGCACCGGUCCAGAAGGUGCCAACUUGUUCAUUUACCACCUGCCCCAGGAAUUCGGAGACCAGGACCUGCUCCAGAUGUUUAUGCCCUUUGGAAAUGUCAUCUCUGCCAAAGUUUUCAUUGACAAACAGACAAACCUCAGCAAGUGUUUUGGCUUUGUGAGCUAUGACAACCCUGUGUCAUCGCAGGCAGCCAUCCAGUCAAUGAACGGUUUCCAGAUUGGUAUGAAGAGGCUGAAGGUGCAGCUGAAGCGCUCAAAGAAUGACAGCAAGCCUUACUGAAGGUGCUGAGGCACUGCAGACUUGGUUAGGCAGGGUGGUGUUAUGGUAAGUUGAGUAAGAAUAACCCAGACUGGUCCACUCCGAAACUUAUCUAUGCAUUACAGGGUGAUGUCUGCUGUGCUGCCUCUUCUGGUCAUUAUACCAUGUCCAGGUACAAGGCACAUUAAGCUACAUGCAAGAGUUUUCAGGCUGGAAUGGGUUCUCCCUGUGUUAUGUUGUGGUUUAUGCACUUUUUUUUCCUUUAAACAAAUGGGAGAAACAGGUGUAUUUUCAUUUAAGUUGAAAUGUUAUCAGUUUGCUGUGUACUGUGUGCUGUGUUCAUAUUACACAAAUGAGUUGAUUGUUAGGAUAUGUUACACAUUGACAGUCAGGUCAGAUAGGUGCCAAAUCCAUCUGUUUUACAUCUUGUUCACCUUCAUCUUCAUCUCUUCCAACCCGACUAAUCAUAAAGCUCCUGAAAAUAAGGCAGCAGCUUGAGCAGAUAGACCCACGUUUAGUUAGUAAACAGAAAUAAUUUGUAGGUUUUCUUUUACAUUAUCACAAACCAAAAAUGGCUGGUUUAACCUACACUUUUUUUAGAUAUCUGUACUAAAUCUUCAAACAGAGGUAAAGUAUGUGAUAUAUACAGAAAUUAAUUAUAAGGUUCAAAGUAAGGUAAGUACAGAAGCUCACAUCGUUCAUAAGGAGGAGCCUCACUUCAGCAUGCUCAUGCCCAUUUAUACAUUUGUCCUUAGUCUCCGUUUGUAAACUGUGUUUGUGUUGUGCAGGCAGGGUCUAGCUCAGUGGCUGUCGUGACAUUAGAGUAAACCCUUUGAUGCUGUGAAUAUCUUGUUCCUGUUCUGUGGUGUUUUCACUGAGGGUAAAGUCACUGAAGUCAGGUGAAACAUCCGACCCAUAAUGGUUGCUCUGUUAUUUAUUCUCUUCUGAGCUCUAUGGUCUGAGAGGACUGACACUUUUUUUUCUGAGUUACAUUAUUUGUUAUGGUAAAUGGAACUGCAUAUGGCUCAAAGUGCUUUACGUUACAUGUCGACAUUCACUCACUGACACACGUUAAGACACUGACAGCACAGGGUGCCAUACAAGGUGCCAACCUGCCCAUGAGGAUCUAUUCCAAAUGCUAAUUUCCAUGUGGCCUCUGGUGAAUGGCUACAUAUUUCUAAGUGGGUUGUGUUGUAUUCAGACAUUGGCUCGAAUUCAUUUCUGAACGACAUCGAUGUAACACAUUUGUCAAGUAACGGGCUCAUUGCAUUUAUUGUAUUUUUCUUUACCAGGAUGUAAAACUGAUGCAGUUGAAAUUGCAUGUAAAUAUAGACUUUUCUCGAGGACUAAGCACAGCAUUCUGAGCUACACGUCAGAGGUCGGGCCAGCUGUCCGCUGUAACUAGCAGUACUGUUUGGCAAAAAAAAAAAAAUCAUAGGCUUGUUCCAUUCAUCUUAAUAUCCAAUAGUUUGUCUGAUGCAGAUAUAGUGCUUUGUAUAAAUUAUAUUUUAUAGUUUUAGCUACUUUCUACAUUGAAUCCAUGUGUUUUUGUGUUCAUCAACACCCCUCAGUUACUGUCCUGCUAGCUAGCAGCUAGCUAAUCUGUAGAGGGCUACACCACUGUGUCUCACACUGAUUAUCUUCUGUGAUCGGAUAAUUCAUAUAAAUGUCAAAAUGCUCAAGGCAACCUGUUAGUUGUUUAGAAUUGCAAGACAUGUUUUUUGUUUUUUUUGUAGGAGCCAAGGCAGUUGUUGAGAUGUAUAUUUAAACUAUUAUGCCUUUUGUAUUUUUAUAUAGGUUUUAUACUUCCCCUGCGUGUUGGGGAACUAUUUAUUGCCUUAAUUAUUUAUCUGAAUUGAAAUUAUUUUUAAAGACAAAUGUAAAGUCCAACAAUUCCAUUUGAUCUCCUGGUGUGUGUACUCUCCUUGCCUGUUUUGUGUUGUUUUCUUUUUGGUGAUGUGUACUUUGUGUUGUGGCAUGGACUGUGUGUGUAGGAUCCAUCCGUGCUGCUACACAUACUUAAUAGAACCCUCUCUGUCAUACAUGCCUUCAUCCAAAUAAAAAAUGCUCAUUUUC